AAAUAGAAAACCAAACAAAAUCAACAAAAUUCCUCUCUCGGCUCUCUCUCUAUUACCAGUUACCCACUGUUACUCUUCUCCCAUCUCUCUCUCUCAGUCAUUGGGGAGAGUAGCUAGUAAGCAAAAGAUUAGGAGGUGCGCCAAAAGACCUUCAAUCAAAUACAGCACUCCACUCUCACUCCGCCUCUCCGACCUGGAUAGAUCCUAAACCUCAAACACCAAUCUCUUCUUUCAUCCUAUGUGACCAUUGCCCUGAAAAGCUAUCCAGGCUUUACUGGUCAUCUUUUCCAGAUUUUGAGCUGGCAUAUUUCGAUUGGUUUUAGGAAUUUAUGGGGAAGAAAGUUAAGAAGAAGGCUAGAGCUCCUCCAAGGGAGAAGUUGGUGGCAGCCGAUUCCCCAAAAAAAGCUCCCCAACAAUGCAACCCAAGUGUUAAGGAUGGUGACAAUGGAGUUUCAGUUGCGAAAGAGAGAAGGCCUUGUCCUCAUGUUGACAAAGGUGUAAAUUUGGAUAAAUUGUCUGCUAAAAUUGGGUCUUCAGGGCCUGUUAGGUGUGAAUAUUGCAGGGAAGGAGCGCUUGAUAGGAGGGGCGGUAAGGGAAAGGGAAAACAUGGGAAGAAGAAAGGGAGCUCCUCCGUGGAUUCAAAAUCAGAGUCCAAAGCCAUUUGGGUUUGUUUGCAGUGUGGUCAUUAUUCUUGCGGUGGGUUUGGACUUCCCACAACCCCUCAAUGCCAUGCAGUUCGGCAUGCUAGGCAAACUCGUCAUCCAAUAGUGAUCCACUUUGAAAAGCCGCAGAUGCGAUGGUGCUUCCCGUGCAACAUGCUUAUUACAAUUGACAAGACAGAAGAGGAUGGUGAACAAAAAGUUGUGUUUGCGGAUGUUGUUAAAUUGAUAAAGGGUCAUUCAUCGGAGGAAUCAUUGGUUAAUGCUGAGGAUGUGUGGUUUGUGAGUGGCAGUUUGACAAGCGAAAUCAAAUCAGCUAGCAAUAUAUCAUGUGAUUUGGAUGGAAGAGUUGGUUAUACGGUGAGAGGCUUGGUUAAUCUUGGUAACACUUGCUUCUUUAAUUCUGUCUUACAGAACCUUCUAGCCAUGGAUAGGUUGCGGGGUUACUUCUUAAAUUUAGAUGCAUCUACUGGAGCUCUUACUGUUUCCUUGAAGAAACUCUUUACUGAAGCAAAACCAGAGUCAGGAGUUAAGAAUGUGAUAAACCCAAGGUCUCUUUUUGGGUGUGUUUGUUCCAAGGCUCCCCAAUUUGGGGGGUAUCAGCAGCAAGACAGCCAUGAAUUGCUUCGUUGCUUACUGGAUGGAUUCUGCAUUGAGGAGUUGAGUAUGAGGAAACGUAUAAAUUCUUCUCAGGAAAAUGGGAAUCCUUCAAAUUCGGGUCCUACUUUUGUCGAUACUGCAUUUGGGGGCCAAAUAGCAAGUACUGUUCGCUGUGUCGAAUGUGGUCACUCCUCAACUGUGUACGAGUCAUUUUUAGAUCUGUCAUUGUCAGUUCCAACCAGAAAAUCCCCAUCUAAGACUGCCCAACCCACCUCUCGAGCAAAUAAGACGAAGUUGCCGCCCAAGAGGAGUGGAAAGCUUCAGUCUAAAAAUAACAAAGAGAAGAAUUCUGUACCAUCACCAAGUGUUCCAACCCCAUCAACCAGCAGUGAGGUUUCUGAACAAAAGGAAUUAGUUGUAAAUAGUCUAUCUGCUGUCCAAGAAUCUGCAAAUGAUGUCUGUGAGGAUGCAGCAGAGCAAACAUCACCUUUGUUAGAUGACUGUUCAUGGUUGGAUUAUCUUGAUUCGGGAAAUAUGUUAGAUGACAAUGAUUUAUCUUCACAAAAUAAUGAUAUUUCAAAUUUUCAAGAUUCCAAAAACAAGAAUACACAUCUUAAUGAUGCCUCUCUACUGAGUGGCUUUGAAUCUAGUAAUCAGGUUUUUAUGCCUAAUGGGGAACCAAAUGUAAAACCUGACUUUUCUUCAGUGAAUUCUUGGGAGGAAGAGCUCCCAUUACAGGUUCAGGAUUCUGAAGUUUUGUUGCUUCCGUAUAAAGCAGAGUGUUCUAUCACUGAGGAAAUCAUGGGAGGCGAAGGUGAGGCCUCCUCCUCGGUUGUGGGUUGUGGACAAGACGACUUUGGCUUUGGGGAUUUAUUCAACGAACCUGAAGUUUAUGGCCCACCUACAAGACCCUCUGUAGGUGAGGGGGGCACGGACACUAGUAUCAUAGCUAGCGAGUCUGAUCCAGAUGAAGUUGAUGAUACUGUUUCUCCAGUGUCUGUAGAGAGUUGUUUGGCUCAUUUCAUAAAGCCUGAGCUUCUUGCCAGUGAAAAUGCUUGGCAUUGUGAGAACUGUUCCAAAACUCUUCAACGCCAAAAGUUGGAAGAAAAGAAGCAGGUAAAAUCUGCUGCUAAAGUUUUGCUAAAUGGAUGUGAGACUAGAACACAAGGUGAUUCACUGAGUUUAAAUAUGGGUCCGUGGCCUGCCGAUGUCAGAAGGCUUGGUAAUGGGAAUGUCAAAAGCAAUACUGGUUGUAACCAGUUUGGUGAAAACUUGGUUUUGCAUGAUGGAAAAAUAAAUUGCUUGAGCCAAAAUUGCUCAGCAAUUGAGAAUGGUCAAUCACAUAAGUUGAAUUCUGUUGUUUGUAGACGACAAGAUGAGUUUAAAGAUGCUCCUCCAGUGCAAUCAAAUACUUCAGAUUGUGAUCAAGUCAUUGAUUCUAGGGCUGAUGAGUCUAGUAGUGCUAGUUUCACCGCGGACACUGUACCGCAGACUAAUGAUGGGAUAUUGGAUGGACAUCGUGAAUCUGAAGAAAGUGAGGAUGAGGAAAUAAAUUCCAAACGUGUGAAUGUGAUGAGGAAUGCGACUAAAAGGUGCUUCAUCAACAGGGCCCCACCUAUUUUGACUAUUCAUCUUAAAAGGUUCAGCCAAGAUGCUCGUGGUCGCUUGAGUAAAUUGAACGGCCAUGUCAGUUUUCGAGAAAAAAUUGAUCUUAGGCCAUAUAUGGAUUCCAGUUCCACAGAUGGGGAGAAGUAUGAAUACCAGCUAUUGGGGGUUGUGGAGCAUUCUGGAACCACGAGAGGGGGCCACUAUGUUGCAUACGUGAGAGGGGGCGAAAGGGGCAGAGGAAAAGCCGAGGAAGAAAAUAUUGGUCAUGUGUGGUAUUAUGCUAGUGAUGCACUUGUGCGUCAGAUUUCCCUAGACGAGGUUCUUCACUCUGAGGCCUAUAUCUUAUUCUAUGAAAAAGUUUGAGGCGAUUCCAACUUUCAAUAGGAUGUUGCUGGUGAUUCUAAAGUUCCAGUUCUCAGCCUUCAAGCCACCUGAGCUUCCACAUGGGAGAAACAAGAGAUUGAGAGCGAGUGAGAGAUAAGAAGAGAGUGAAGGUGAGUGAGAGAAGGAAGAGAGCGAGAGCGAGAGAGAACAGAGAGAGAGAGAGAGAGGAAAACCAGAGGUGAGUGUACAACUCCGAUUCCCAUAUGUUUUUUUUAUACCCAUUCUUUGAAGAUGUAUUGAUCAUUUAGAUGUAUACCGCUAGUUAUAUCAGCAGAAAACGGGGUUUUCAUUCUUUUACAGCCCCAUUGCCCCAGGAUCAUUGGCUGCAUCAAUUACUCAAGAUUUCUGAUUAAUAUUUGUUGUUGAGUAAGAUUACUGUCUUAGGCAAGAAGCAUUGCUCAUUUGAGCUUCAAUUAGAAUUUCUUUUCAUCCUUUA